AUGGAGUUCUACCGUGAUGCAACAUGGGUUUUGGAGUACGUAGAGAAGGAGCUUUCGAAUGAGAAGCGUACUGCGGGAUCACUGCAAACGUUAGUUGUUUCGAGCUGUAAACGGUAUAAGUUAAAGACCAAUCCACGUCACAUAUAUGCUAUUGUGAGCAGCACAUGGCAAUAUAGGGAGUAUCUUGAUAAGAUUAUCAAGAAGAGCAGAAUUCUGGAGGAUAUUCCCAAGAAGAAGGGCAAGCCAUUGUUUAAUAAAGACACUAUUCGGUUGUUGGUACACGACUUGUUACUUUCGAAAUCGAAGCGGAUUCAGAUGGGGAAGCACCCAAUCAAGUCUUUUAUUUUGAAGCAUCAGACACGGUUAAAGGCGGAAUUGACCAAGCUCAAGGUUAAGCUUAAGGUUGCUAGUUUGUCGCAGUUGGUCAAAAAUGAGAAUGAUGCUGAGGAUGUUACUCCGGUACGUUGGAUUCGUAUCAACCCGAUCCUUGUCAAGGACAAGUACGAAGAAGUGCUGUCUGAGCUAAACAAGAAGUUCCCUCAAAGGGUUGACUCCUGGACAGAUAUCGUGCCUGGAAGUAUAUAUUACGAUGAGUAUAUUCCAAACUUGUUUGGGGUUCAUCCAGGCGACAAGAUCACAUCGCAUGAGCAAUAUAAGAGAGGAAAGAUCAUCAUUCAGGAUCGAGCCUCUUGUUUUCCAUCUCAUAUUCUAAACCCGGGCAAAGACGACGUUGUUAUUGAUGCAUGUGCUGCGCCAGGUAAUAAAACAACGCAUGUAGCCGCACAUAUAUUUGGCGACAGUGAUACUACUAUAGACAAGGUGCAAAUACAUGCAUUUGAAAAGGAUCCCGAGAGAGCUAAGACACUACAAAAGAUGAUAACCACUGCAGGGUGUAGCAAGGGUAUCAAGAUUCAUGUUGGUGAUUUCACAAAGAUUGGUAAGCCGGAACAAUUCCCAAACGUUACGGGAUUCAUUGUGGAUCCAAGUUGCUCAGGAUCGGGUAUCUUUGGAAGAAAAGCUAUUGAUAGAGUUAAUUUGAACAAGAAGGCUAGUGACGGUGAAGUGGAUGCUGAUACAGAUGAACCGGCAGACUCAGUCGAACAGGAGAAGGAAAUUAUCAUGAAAGAGCAGGAUCUUAAGAACAGGUUGGCCAAGUUGUCUUCUUUCCAGUAUCAGAUUGUAAAGCAUGCAAUGUCAUUCCCAAGCGCUAAAAAGAUAUGUUAUAGUACCUGCUCAAUUCAUGCUGAAGAAAACGAGCGUGUAGUGGUAGAUUUGCUAUUAGAUUCUAAGGUGAAAGAAUGGGGCUGGAGAGUCCGUAAAAGAAGCGGUGUGAUUCCAACAUGGCCAAGAAGAGGUUUCGUCAGCGAGUUCGAAGAGGUCUUCCCAAAGGAGGAUGCUCAAGAAAUUGCGGAAGGAUGUAUCAGAGCACUGCCAAAAGAAGAUGGUGGGAUCGGUUUCUUUGCCGUAUGUUUCGAGCGUGACUAA